CACAUGCUUCGCAACGUCUAUCAGUCAGGAAUAUUGAGCGUGUUCAACAGCACGGGAUCGGAUCCGCUGGAGCUGUGGCAUUUGGCCACUGGCACUGGUGCAGAGAGCACAAUUGGGCUGGUUGGUGACGCCACUGCUGAUGGCCCAGUGCUCCAAAUAAUGAGUCCCCGACUGCCGUCCACGUACAUUUCCUGCCCAAGAAACCCAUCUGCGUCGCUCGGAAUAAAGCUGCAAUACAUGGUAGUGUCGCUUAAAUCAAUCGACCGCUUGUUCAGCUUCGAGGUACAGGUGGCAGACGACAGGGGCAUUGUUCGAUAUAUCCGCGCCUCAAACUUUGAAUCCGCGGCGGCAGUGGACAACCAGCUCACUACACUGCCACUGCAGCUUGAAUCGGGCUGGAACCACCUGACAUUUGAUCUGGCAGCCACGACGAGGCGGCUUUACGGCACGGCAUACCGAGAGGUUAUGCGGGUUACGGUUAACGCAAGCAUAUGCCUCCGUUGCAUCCUGUUCAGCGACACGAUCCUGGCCGAGGAGUCGAUGCCAAGCGAGCUCAGGCUGUAUCGCAAGCAAGAGUAGUAGAGUACACCAUGCCCAUUCCAGCAAUGCCUGCAUGUAAUAAACAGUGAAUGCGCUUGCAUGCGGGAUUGAUCUUCUUUGAGGCCAUUCUCAGUCGGCUCACAGCAUCGCACACGAAUAGAAA